AUGAUCACAUCUAUCAAUGAGCAAAAGUACCGUAUCGCGUUCGGUAGUGGUUCGCUGCAGCUGUGAAGUGACGGAGUGCUCUGUGUGUUGUGUGGCCUAGAGGGUUUACUUUUGAAGAAAGGGUCAAAGCCUAUUUCACACAUAGUAGUGGAUGCUGAAAGUAUCAUAGUGCCAGGGGUCCUCUCACUGAAAUCAUUCGUCGCGAAACCUUGAACCAGGGGUUCCAAGUUGGCAUUUCUGCUGUGUUUUUUUCUUCACGUCGGGGUAACACACCUAGGAACUUUCCUUCCUUGGAGUACACACUUCUGAGCCACACCAGUAUCUUGCUCUCCCCGUUUCGGUUAAUCCUGUUCGGUCGUUCGUAUGAGAAGGUGCACCCUCCCAGCGCUUCAUCACCUUCUGGGAAGGUGAUAUUCAUGCGAUUCUAUGAGCGCGCUGAUUGUCAUCUCGACUGGUGAACUAUCGACGUUUAAUGUGAGAAACGUUCCGCAAGCAGUGUAUGUUGUUUAAUCCGGCAGUUCGAGGGCAAGUGGAGCGAAUCUCAUUCGAGCUCUGUUCUGAUUUCAUCUGGAGUUGAAAUGAGAUGUGUGAAUUAUUAGCUAUGAACUGAAAGCAUUCAGUGAAGUGCUGCAAAAAGCUUCAGUGGUAGCUGGGCAAAUUCCUUACUCUGUGUAUAGCAGUUUACCAAGAAGAAAGUGUAGUGACGGUGUGUUCAUAGCACACACAUUGGAAGCGUUUGUGAGAGAGCGAAGAACGGCGGUGGCAGUAAUCGCUGAUAUCCCGAUUAAGUCAAGCAAACCCACCGAUGGAUUGAUAAUCACAAAUUUUUACGCAGCUACUGAAAAGAUUGAUUCAUCGGCUUCAUGCACAGACGAAGUGGAAUCCGGCAGAACAACUAAUUAAUCUAGUAGAAAAUUAAACAUCGUGUAGUAGUGCAAGUUUUUGAUAGUGUAACGCUCCUGCAUUCUCUAGUUGUCCAAAAGCUGUUGACUUUUUCGUGUCUCGUCGAUAAUUAUCAAUGUUGGUAAACAUGAGCAGAAACGCGUAUAAGGGCAGCCUUUCAAUCAGUGACAAACAGAACUUUUGGCAGUGAAAUGCAAUCAAGCAAAAGAACAGAUCACCUCUGACUGAAAGGUAGCGCCAAUCCAAUCACAGAAGAUCUUCAAUCCAAUCAUCACGUAUCUCCGUUUCUGAAGAGUCCAGCAUUCAACUCAAACGCGCGCUAGAACGCAUCGUAAUUGAAACUGAUUCCAGUUAUGUGUAAAUAUUAAUUAAAAAUGAAUAAUGUUACAAUGCGAGACCGCGUCCCUCGUGUCCGUUGCUGAAGAGUGUUACUGUUUUCCGGUUGUAUGUGUGAAGGCUCCUGUGCUGCUGGACCGCGUGGGAGGGUAUAUGUUAAUUAUCUUGAAUUAUUAUUAAGUCGUGUGAGCGAGGGAAAAUAAUCCCUAGAAACGCGCUGCAGCGUGAAUCUCCGAGCGGAGGGGGAAAACAACGGAAAAAUAAGAGGAUAGUGAGUUUUAAUUGAGUAAGUGCUGUGCUAUGUUAAUGUAGGAGGAAUAUUUAAGUGCUCCCCACGAACCACGAACAAACCAUGGCUUCAACGGCAGCUUUGAACGCCGACGGAAGCGGCAAACAGCAGCAGUCACCCCGCAACACAAGUACCCAGUCCGUGGUCAACCCGACGGCGGUAAAAUUGGGCACCAUCGAUGUCCCGAAAGCAUUGCAGGAUGGCGAGAAGUUUCUCAAGUGGGACGAGGACUCUUGCAAUGGAAUUCCAGUGACGGUACGGGUUGACGCCAAAGGGUUCUACUUGUACUGGGUGGAUCAGAACCAUGAGAUGGAUCUGCUCGACAUUGCCACGAUUCGCGAUGUUCGCACCGGCCAGUAUGCCAAAAAACCUCGCGACAUGAAGUUGCGACAGCUCGUCACGAUGGGUUCACUGGAUACGCUCGAGGAGAAGACCGUCACCGUGUGCUACGGGGUAGACUUUGUCAACGUGAACUUCAUCAACUUUUGCUGCACUAGGAAGGAUAUUGCAAGGUUAUGGUGCGACGAGCUGCUCCGGAUGGCCUAUAAUCUGACCCAGCUGAACGGCCCGUCAAUAAUGUUCCUCCAGAAAGCAUACACCAAGCUGUGCUUGCAACUCGACAAAAGCGGCAAAGUUCCGGUGAAAAACAUCGUCAAAACGUUCGCCACCAACAAGGACGACCGGCGGCGUGUGGAGAAAGCGCUCGACGUUUCCGGUCUACCCUCGGGGAAGGGAGACACGUUGGCGCUGUCCAAGUUUCAGUUCGAGGACUUUUUCAAUCUGUACAAAAAUCUCACCCAAAGAACGGAAGUGGAGAAAGUUUACGACGAGAUCGUCGGAACAUCCAAGCGGCGGCUGAUGUCCACGUCACAGCUGGUCGAUUUUUUAAACAAGACACAGCGUGACCCGAGGCUUAAUGAAAUUUUACAUCCGUACGCAAACACGGCCCGGGCACGGGAUCUGAUCCAGGAGUAUGAGCCCAACAAAUUCAACGCCCAGAAGGGACAGCUCAGCUUUGAUGGCUUUCUGAGGUACUUAAUGUCGGAGGAUAAUCCAAUCAUGGCACCGAGCAAAUUGGAUCUAUGCGAUGACAUGGAGCAACCAAUGUCACACUAUUUCAUCAACUCAUCGCACAAUACCUACCUGACCGGGCACCAGCUGACGGGAAAAAGUUCGGUGGAAAUCUACCGUCAGAGUUUGCUGGCAGGAUGCAGAUGCGUUGAGCUCGAUUUUUGGAACGGCCGCACUGAGGAGCCGGUGAUUGUUCACGGCUACACCUUCGUUCCGGAGAUCUGCGCCAAAGACGUACUAGAAGCAAUAGCUGAAACAGCGUUUAAGACAUCCGAAUUUCCUGUGAUAUUAAGUUUUGAGAACCACUGUAACCCAAGGCAGCAGGCAAAGAUAGCAAAUUACUGUCGUGAUAUUUUUGGAGAUAUGUUACUAGAUAGGCCCCUAGAUUCUCAUCCCCUCGAGCCCGGCACGGACCUUCCCCCGCCGUCGUUCCUGAAGCGGAAAAUCAUCAUAAAGAAUAAGAAAAAGCACCAUCAUCAUCACCACCACCACAAGAAGGGCACCGCCAGCAGUCCGGCUGGGGGUGCACUGGCGAACAGCAAUAUGAUUACCACCGCCAGCGCCAAUAGUAAUGUCAGCAAUAACGUAAACACCAUUUCCGCCACGUUCAUGGCAACCGCAGCGGCCGGAACGGCAACCCUAAUCACCACCAGCACUGGCAAUCCUAGUCCUAAUGCAGCAGCAGCAACAGCAGCCAGUGUAAGCUUACAAGUGCAACCACAAUCACACAACCAGACCGCAACGCAGGAGGAAAACAACGCCACAGGCACACCAUGCACGAACAGCAACAGUAACAACAGCAGCAACAGUAACAACAGCAGCAACAGCACCUCGAUCACCACGACCAUCACCGCUACCAUCACCACCACCACCAACAAUACCCUCUCCAACAGUACCACCGCCUGUACACAAGCAAUAGCAACUGGUAAUGGUGACGUGCCGCACCACGCACCUCCAUUACAGCAACUUCGUCAGAGUUCAAAGGAGAGCACCGGCUCGUCGGACACGGACAGCUCGAGCGAUGACGAGUCGAUGCCGGGAACGCAAGUCGGACCAAUUGGAUCCACCGAGGCGGACAAGGUGCCGCAGACCAAAGAGACUGAAGCGGGCGCGGAGAUAUCCGCCCUCGUCAACUAUGUUCAACCUGUUCAUUUUAGUAGUUUCGAGAAUUCCGAAAAAAAGGCACGUUUUUACGAGAUGUCUUCAUUUGACGAGAAGCAGGCCACCACACUGCUGAAGGAGAGGCCAAUCGAGUUCGUCAACUACAACAAACAUCAGCUAUCACGUGUCUACCCGGCGGGAACCCGCUUCGACAGCUCCAACUUCAUGCCACAGCUUUUUUGGAACGCUGGCUGCCAGCUAGUGGCACUAAACUAUCAGACCCUGGAUCUCGCCAUGCAACUCAAUCUGGGUCUGUUCGAGUACAAUCAUCGCUGCGGGUUCAUACUAAAGCCGGAGUUCAUGCGCAGGAAAGAUCGUCGACUGGAUCCGUUCGCCGAGAGCACCGUCGACGGUAUCAUCGCCGGUACGGUCAUAGUGACGGUCCUGGCGGGUCAAUUCCUGACCGACAAGAAAGUGGGCACGUACGUUGAGGUGGACAUGUUUGGUCUGCCGGCGGAUACGGUGAGGAAAAAAUUUCGAACGAAAAUCGUUCGUGACAACGGGAUAAAUCCAAUUUACGGCGAGGAGCCGUUCGUGUUUAAGAAGGUGGUGCUACCCGAGUUGGCUAGUAUUAGGAUAGCGGCGUACGAGGAGGGUGGAAAGUUGAUCGGACACAGGGUACUGCCGGUGAUUGGGCUCUGUCCCGGUUUCAGACAUUUAACGCUGCGAACGGAAGUGGGACAACCCGUCCCACUGGCGACGCUCUUUUUGUCCAUCGUGGUUAAGGACUACGUUCCGGAUGGUCUUUCGGAGCUGGCGGAAGCCCUGGCAAACCCGAUUAAGUAUCAGAGUGAACUGGAGAAACGAUCAGAACAGCUGGCGGUACUUCAGGAGGAUAUGGAACCAGCCGAAGAAGAUUCGUUUGUAAUUGUUUCUCUAGGCCCCAAAAAGGAUACAAUUAAGGUUAGUGACAAUGCGACCGGAAGCCCAAAACAUCGGGUCAGCAUGCAGACAGCCUCCGCAUUAAUCACGGCUGCAUCGGCGUCCACCGACAAUGACCAUGAGCGGGAAACACCGCUGGAAGUGAUCUCCAAAGUAGUGGCCCUACCAGUUGCACAAUCAUCCAUAGAUCAAACUAGUCCGCUGUUAAUCAAACAGGCCACCAUCCAGCAGCAACAUCAUCUGGCGCAGCAGGAGAAACACUACCAGCAGUCACAGAUGACGACCGAACAGGCAGACGCGAACAAGGUGAUAGCCGAGCCACUGGAGAAGAUUUUCGAAGACAAACAGGUGCGCAAAAAGCGAGACGCUUUGGAGAAGGAACUAAAGACGCUCAGGAAGAAUCACGAUAAGGAGAAAAUCAAAGUGACGUCCCAGAAGAGUGGUGACCUUAGCGAUGGUAUCAAGAAGAGCAAAUUUGGCAUGAGUAACAAGUUGGUGAAACGAUUCAGCAGCAAGAAUAUGGCCGAUAUGAGUAUCCGAAUUCCCCCUUGUCCGACCGAUGCGGACACCGAUGAUAGCAGUGUACACGUGGAGAAGUUGAAACAAAUUUGUCGCGAGCAUGCGAGCAGCUAUCGGGACAUUGUGGAGAAGUACCACGAGGUGAUAUACAAUUUAGUGGAGGAUUUACUGAAACAAUCACAGGAAAAUCAAAUGAAACAGUUAAAGAUACAACUGGAACGAGAAACCAGUGAAGUGAUGCGACAGCUGCAGCUAUCCAGGAAGAACGAAGUGAAGCAGCUCGCGCAGGUGCACAAGGAUAAAGACGAAUUGGAAAGAAUGAAGCGCGAAGUGGACUCAACGCUUGUGGAGAAAGGAGUAACUGAACGCGUCCGUUUGACAGCCUCCUACGAACGGAAGCGUGAUGACCUCCAGCGACAGCAUGACCAGGUCAAAAAAGGACUGGAGGAACAUCGAGCAAAGGCGAGGCUGAUGCUCGAGAAGGAGACCGAAUCUCAGGCGUGCAUCUCGGAAACGUUUCUGGCCCAUCUCAACACCAGCAACAGCACCACCAGCUGCUCCUCGGUCGGCACCGUGCCGACAACGUCGAUCUCAAGCGGAAAUCUCUGUGCCAGCGCGGGUAGCGGCGGCGGCACCGUCGCCAUCACCAAAUCUGUUUCUUCCUCGAACUCACACGAGAACAACGUUAACAAUACUCACGUGCAGCUGGAGUGAUAAGUCUAAGCUAGUCAUUUAGCGUCUAGGGAAUUGAGAAUUGGGAUUCCGCAUCCGAAUAUGUACUAAAGAGUGGCCCCCCGUUGUGGAGUGUGACAAGUCAUUUGUAGAUGUAUUUUCCGCACAAAAAAAAAGUUAUUCCAUUUAUUUCCGAGGAACGGAAAUUGUUGGCCUAAUUAGAGUUUAUUUACUUCUAUCUGAAUGUUUGGGCCACGGUGCAUUGUUGGGUUCUGUACGUGUUUGUCUUGUAUUGUCAACCUACGCGCAAGUAUAAUUGAUUUUAUGAGCAUGCGAACAACGGCGGGAAACGGGCUGACGAUGAACGUUUUGUGCGUUUGCUUUAACCACGGAGAACCUAGUAACUUUAACUAACCAUAGGAAAUUGGAGAACACAAGAUAAAACAUGGAACUCGUUGACGGGUAAGCACAAUGAUUAGAAACAGUAACAAACCACGAUAUUUAGGGUAGUAUGGAAUUUGGAAAACAUAGGGAAACCGGUAGACAAAUUAGAGUUGUAUCAUUGGAGGUAUUUAUGGAAGAACUAUUGAAAACAUCCAUUGGAACAAGUUUUGAGGCGGUUUUUCUGGGAAGGGAUAUUGAGUAGACUAUUGAGUAAUAUUUGUAGGCCGAAUUCUGGUAUUUUGUUUUUGUUAGUGAAAAAAUAUCUUUAGACAAUAUUUGACUUAAGAUCUGAAGAAGAAAUUUAUGAGGAUAUUUCACAACUGUUUUUAACAGUCUCUUAAUAAUGUUGAUAAUGUUGAAAGUAGCUUUAUUUUUAAACAACUUUCUUAAUCUGCUUGUUUGUGCGAAACCAUGCACAUAGCAAUUCGAGUUAAGGCCAACAUCUCAAUUUCUUUUCCCAGAAAGGAAGGCACGGGCUAAAUAAAUUAAGUGGAAUCACAAAGCCAAUAAGAAUCAUAUUAUUCAUAUUAUUCAGUUGUAUUCAGUGUUGACGUGUUUGUUGUAGUUAAAGUAUUGGAAGAAAACAUAACAUUAAUUAUAAACCUAGACAACUAAGACUCCUUGUAAUUACUAAGGUAAUGGAAACCAAACAAAACCGCAACGCACUAUUUGAAUUGAAUGUCUUUUCGAUGCUGGAACUGAACAGAUCAGUGACAGCGACAUGGAAGAAUUGCAAAACCCACCCGCCUUUUGCGUAGCUAUGAUCUUUCAUACAUGGGUGGGGGUUAAACAACAGUCGAUAACAUGUAUAUGAAAUAUACUCUAACUUUAACCACAGAGCUAUGCUGUAGAACAUAUUACGGAAAUUGAGUGUUUGAGCCACUAGGGACGAAACAGACGACAGUCGAACCAUAUUUGGUGGAAUAGCAGGAUGUGGGAAUUACUAUACGACGGUGAUACUUAACGGAUUGUGAAUUUAUAGCGAAAUGUCGACCAGAAGGGCAUGAUAAAAAGAAUCUCUGGAGUUAGCAUAAUCAUAGAUAUUUAUCAACUCUCGACUGUAAUGUUAUUCGUAUACUCUGAAGUAUAAAUAAACAAAUUUAUUUAUUUUUAUUUCCGCUCUUUUGUUUCCUUUCCUUUCAUCCAAGCGACAAUCAACGAAUGUUUGUGGACAUUCAAUUUAUCUUUCGAUUGCUUACAUUCAAUUGUUUUGUUUGCACGUUAUCUAACUAAUUUCCAAUAUGUGCAAAAUAUGUUUCUUGUCUUCUUAUUACUUGUUUUCUUUAUUUUUGUUUUCUAGUUUCACAAAUAAGUUUUUAUUUCGUUUUAUCUCUUAAACGAAUAAAACACUUACGAUGCUGUGAAAACAUUGAACAACAUAAAUUGGGUAAUAUGCACUUGUAACUAUCCAAACACUUUGGACGAGUAUAUUGAUAACGAUGAAAAAUCAACUUUUUCUAUCUCUAUGUGCCUUGUGUAUAAAAAAUAUUAACAUCUUUUACUUUAAAUAAAACAACAAUUAUCAACAACUUGCAUCUGUCGGUGAAAUGUAACAGAAAAAGGUAGCGAAUAACACAACCAAUUUACUAUUACGAAUCAUUUUGUCAUUAGUCAAGUGUUGGAAAAUGUUACUAGCGAUAAGCAUCAUAAAAUAAACAGAAAAUCGAUAACACCAUUCCAGUAGCUUACAGAAUAGCGGAAAAUUCUUUUGUAAGUGUGUAAACCUUCAAAAACUCUCGUUGCAAAACAAAACAAACAAACAUCUCUCACAAAUUAGUCCGAUUUUCAAAACAUUGGUAAUUUGGUAUUCGAGCUGAACUUUGACGCUCUCGGGAAACAAGCAGCUAAAAACAAUAAUGCAGUAAUUGAAAAAAAAACAUACAUAUAUCUAAACAACAGUAAACCUUGGGUUUCAUCACCGAGUGGACGGGCCAUGUUUUGAAAUGUUUCCGAAUUACUAAACCACUACCGCCAAUAUUGAAAAAAAAAGAUCAACGAUCAAAAGUUGUACAUUCUAACGAAACACAAACAGUAUCUAAUUGUGAAAGAAUAACAAUUUUAGUAAACAUAAUGUUGGGAUAGGGUAGAAGUUGUGUUUUACACGGGAAUCGUCACGUUCGGCGAGAAGGGGAACGAGAUGCACAUUGUACAAAACUAUUAAACUCAACAAACAUUAACAUAGGAAUCUGAACGUAUUGUACGCUAUACGACUACAUGACGAAUGAAACAGAAAAAAACACGUUUUGUGGACAUCGGGGUGAACGUUUUAACAAGUGUUUUCACUGUAUUAACAGGCCUUUCAAAUUUUCAAAAACAAAUAAUACAUGUUAAGCUUUAAUUCAGUUAUAAUCCUGAAUCACUGUUCAUUUUAUAGCAGCAGUCGUAGUAGACGUAUCUGAAAUCUUCUGACAGUAAGUUUUUCGGAAAACCUAUAUCUUUCGACUGUAAAAAUUGAUCUGUUUUGUUUUGAAAAGGGCCAAUUGGCCCCAAUUCCACCGAAAAAUAUUGGGCAAUUGUCAUGCGGAAAUUGAAGAAAGCUGCCAAAGUGACUCGGAAUGCUAAAAACAUCAAGAGAUCGUGGAAUAUAAUGGCCGCUAAGGUUGAUCAACAGAGAGUCCAAAUUAUAAUGGAAGAUAUCCGUAGAAAGAUACGAACAUUCAUCAAAAGUGUAAUGAAAUGUUUUUUUGACGUAGAACUACGUCUAACCGGAAAAUAUAGGGGGUAAAAUGAAUAUCUAGACGCCGAACAUGUGGAAAAAAAUGAAAGAUUUCGAACGCUUAUAACUCGAGCAUUUCUUAAUAGAUCGCAAAGAUGUUUACAUCAAUUGAUAGGAAAUAUUUCUACGCAUCUAUCACAAUGAAUAACAUUUUAUUUUUCUUUAGAUAAACAAUCGAGUAAUGUUGAAAUGGCGAACAUAGUCCAAACGCACUCUGUUCCCCGUUUUGGUUGGUCUAAUUUGUUCUUCUCAAAUGGUUCCACAUGUAAACAACCCAGCACAAGAAUGCCUGAUAUGAUAACACAUCUUCAUUAUGUAAACAGUUGAAUUGUGAGAUAUAUGAUAUUUAAUAAUAAAUUGUAUUUUUCUCAAAAAAGCUUCAACCAAAAAUCUGUACCUUCAGCAAAUGAAACAUUUUUUCAGUGGCAUUUGGUUACUUUUUCUCUUAACAACUCAAUUUUUAUUUUUGUUCGAUGAGAUCGGUUGUGAAGAUAUUUAUAGAUAAAUCGUCUGGCUACCAUCACUUGAAUUCACUCGCGGCAAAACACUCCACACACAGUUUCGCCGCAUUGAAAUCGCGUUCGCAUCGCGUUUACUAUGUCAGGUCCUUUUCGCUCUAUCGAACGGAAUCUAUUCCGGGCAGUGAUUGCCGAUUGAACUUUUUUCUGAAUAAUUCACUCUCGUUCACGUUCACAAUAUGAUCUUGCAGGCAUUUCCCCUGUGCUCCCGUGGCAGAGUGGUUAGCGUCAAACCUAACAUGCCGGGGGUUCGGGUUCGAUUCCCGUUCUGGUCGGGGGAAUUUUCCGUCAAAGAAAUUGCCUCCGUCUUGCACUGACGUAGAUGACGUAUGACGUAUUCGUCGAUGCGAGUGAGGUAGCGUCCGCUGCAGUAGCAUACUUUCCCACCGUAGAUCAGCAAGGCGAAGUGGAAUGUUCGCCACUUUUAUAUUUUCGGGUUAUAAAUGAAACACGUCUAUUCGCGUUGGCUUUCAAACUCAAGAGGCUCUAGCUCUCGAUUUAUUUUGACAUUUCAGCUAUAGAACGUUCAGCCUGGUUUACAAUACUUUUCUGCCAACUCACAGCAUUCAGCGUAUGCUACAGCUAGUAGCUGAUAGGAAGAUCAUCCUCAUCAAACCUAGAUCAAUACCACGAGUGGAACUACAAGCAGCAGUUUUGGGUGUAGGAUUGUAGCAGUUUGGUACGGAAGGGCAUUCAAUAUUCAACAUUCAAUAUCAGGAAAGUGUUUUGGUCGGACUCGAGGACUGUGCUAUCAUAGAUCAACUCUCAGGAUCGCUGUUACGAGCAAUUUGUUGCUUCACGCAUUGAAAAAAUCCUAACAGAUAUCAGCGUGAAUGAAUGGAGAUAUGUGCCGUCGAAAAAGGAUGUAGCAGAUGCAGCAACGAAGUGGUGAAAAGCGCCAAACGUCAAACCAGACUUUGAACGGUUUAAAGGUCCGAAGCUGUUGUGGAACAGUGGAGACCAGUGGCCAGUAAAUGUUGCACCGAGUGUUAUAUAACGAUCGUUAAGGGAAUUUAGUAGUUUGGGUACACCAAGAAAUUUCCAAAAUCCUAUUUGUAUUCGAUACGUAUACGUUAGGGUGCCAAUGAAAAUGGUCAUCUCUAAUUUUAAAGUUACUUCAUAAAAAAUGUUCACCACCUCGAAAAAACACCCUAUGCAAAAUAUUAGCUCAUUAGGACUUAAGAGACGGUGGCGCAAAGCGGUCAAAGUUUGAGUUUUUAUAUAGGGAUUUCUGGGACCGGGGAAGGUUUUUAUGAUAGUUUGUGGUGGAUCAUACCAUUGAGGAAUUGGCGGAUCCUUCGGGUGAAGGAGGCCUGGGUUGAUAGCUCAGGAUUUUGGAAUGUGGCUUGUUGGAGAAUUAAACACAUGGAUAAAACACCUUGAAAAACUUCUAAAACACAAGUAUUAAUUCACGCGAUCGUACACGGUGGAAGGUUGAAUUUGGAAUGCAAAUAUUGCAUUGGUAGGGAUCGAUUCGUUUGCACUUCUUUAGUUGUAUGCGUUUGAUAUGUACUUCGGGUUUCGCUGCUGGUUGUGAUUGUGUAAUGCACCACACACUGCAUUUCAGAAGUGAUUUGUAUGAGAAAAUGAUAGGCGAUGGACAUGGAAUUUGGAAUUAGGGAACACUUGCUCAAACUUCGCGCUUGGGCUGCGAACAUACUUCUCCCGGGCUUAUAUGUGAUGCAUUGACAAAUCUGACGGUGGAUUCACACUUGGACUCAUGAGUUGCCCAGUAUCCAUGACGGGGACAUGGAGCGGACUAAACUUCCAAGCAACUUCUCGUGGUGGAUAGGAAUAAUUUAAUAUGUUCCUCAUUUGAUUAUCCGUUUUGGAAAAAAAUCGACUAUUGAUGUUUCUGUGUUGUGGUGAAAUCUCAGAAAGCAAUCAAACAUUCUUUGGAAUUUUCGGAAAGAGGUUCAAUCAAUCGGAUGUAUCUCUGGACAAACGAGUAUGGUGAGAAUCACGGCUGAUCUCCAUUCAGGUAAAUCACGAACUGGUAUGGGAUCGAAUUUCGUUGAUACUGAGUGGGCUAGGUAUGGCUGGAAUUUGUCAUUGCUAAUACCAAGGCGAGGAUCACUUACCGAGCAUGUAGAAGUAGCAAGUGUGAACAAAGGAUAAACAUAAUAGGAAGUGGGAUUGGAAUUGGCAAUAGCCACAGUUGGCGGGGAAUUCAGGGAUUCAUCAAAACGCAACAGUGCGUGGUGCUCACCUUCACAUUUUUGGCAGGUUCGUGAUGAGUUGCAGUUACAUUUCAGCUCUCCGAAUUUGCCCUUACGUUGAGGAACGGAAAUCGCCCGGAAAAUAUCACACAUUUCACAGGUUGACUUCUCAGUGAUAGCACCUAUCACGGCAUGUGCCCCUUCCACCAAGGUUACGGAUUUUGUCAUCGGAUCGGUUGCUUGCGUUGAACAAAUAAGGGAUCGACUUUCACAACGUUCGAGGAUGGCCCAUCGUUUCUUAACGGUAUCGUCAUGGGGUUCUGGCAGCUCUGUUGGAUUCUCAGCAGCUGCUCCAGAGUCGAUGAAGGUUCGGAUCACAUCACCAAACCUUGUUUUGAAAAGCGGACGAAUCUCUGGUUCAUUAUCGAAUGUUGAUGUGGGAUACUUCAAUGGUAGUUGGUAGACCAGGAUACACGUCUCGUUGUAAUGUUCCUCAAAAUUAACGUACCACUGAUCUUGGUGUUCAUAUUUUUCAUAAGGACACAUUGCCAUCACUUGAUAAUGGAGACUUAAGCACUCUUGGAAAUAGCUCUCUAAAUUUCGCGAGUAAACCUUCAAACAAGCGGCAGAAUUUUGAAUUUCACUCGCCGCCCAUGAAGCAACUUCGAUGAGGCAUCGUAUGCACGUAAUUUUCGCCUUCGCUUGGUCACGCAAAAGUAUUAGCACUUCUAAGUUAGUCAUUCUUUCUUUAGGAUGCACUUAUACUUGUUGGUGUUGGAAUGGUAUUAGACAAAUAGGACUCUUGCUACACAUACAUGCAGAGCAUCUGUUGGGCAAACAUCUUUUGUUUACAUUCGUAGCUUCUAUGCAGCAGAAGCGGGUUCAUUAUCAAUCGACGUUCCUGUAGAUGAUUUAAAUAUAGUUGUGAUCUUUCUAUUAGCGCGAAAUAUUCCAUAGAACUAACAUGAACUUUGUGAAACAGUUAGGCAAUCUAUUUACCGAACAAGAGCUUUUGUGUGACGCAUAUUGCUUAACUUCCUAGCACCUAUUUCGCGAUGUUCAUUGAGCGACUUUCCCACUAGAUUUGAAUCGAAAAAAUAAAAGGAAAGGAUUCUAAGCAUGUUCGGACCUAGAUUCAAGACACAGAGUCUCGAGCUCACGUUCGAAUGAUUCCUUGUAUUUUCCAUGAAUUAGCCAAUUGAUGGAUUUUCUUCGGUUCCGAUCAAUUUUCUUAUAACCAUAUUUUACUUCUCCGCAGAACAUUCAGGUACCCGGAAAUCAUAUCUGAGGAUUGAUUGAUCUUUCUGGCUGAAUAUGUUCUUAAUCUCAAUAUAAUCAUCUGCUUUUUUGGCGAAACUAACCACCGAUUAAGGAUAUCUGCACACGAAUAUUCAUUAUAGUUUACUUCAUCACGAGACCAGCAUUUCAUUGCAAAAAGCACAAAGCCUCAAUGGGAGCACACUUCACCUAAUCCGGCUAUACAAUCGCAAUGUGCAAUUUGCAUUGUUUCUGUGAAACUUUUUGAAUAAUCAAUCUGCUUCCAUUGAAAUGGAUCAUAGCCAUAACAGAAAUUUCUAUUUUUUUCCGUGUAUAUGGAUUUGACGCUAAAAGUAAAUAUUUUUAAGUAAAAAGACAUAUAUUCGCAUGUUAUUAAUAUAGUGUAGCGCGUAAUUUCUAUAACUAUUUCGCUAAAAUAAUUAUUUAAACACUGUCAUGGGCUGUCAUACAAAUGAAACACAAAUUUCUGCAUAACUCGAAAACUAAUCAAGCAAAUGGAUCUAAAUUAGGCAUGUGAAGAUUUUAGAGGGCACGAAAUGUUCCUUUGGUGAAUACACACUCCUUCCCCCUCUCUAAGGGGAGAAGAGGGGAGGGGUCUGUCUUUGUUCUAUCAUAUUUCCUGUAUAAAACGUUUAUUCCAUGUAACGGAGAAACAUGUUAUUUGCAAGUGGUUGAAAAAUCUUAAACGAGAAUUGUGUUUAAAAAUAAUCUGAUAUUAUAAUGAUGAGUUUUGAUAGAAGUACUAGUAUUUUUUUAGUAAAAGGUAAAUUCAACGGGGUCGAUUAGAAUAUCGAUCAAUGAACAGUUCUGUGUUUGGACUCAUAAACUUGCGCUUAGUAAGAAAACGUGAAUGUUUGAAGGUAUUGAUAACAAAAAACAAAUUUUGGGCGGGACGAAGUAUGCCGGGUCAGCUAGUUUCAUAAAAAAAAGUAGAUACUCGCUUCGAUAUUGUCGUUUAAUGUAUCAUGUCAUUCAGCUCAAUUUUUCAGAGUUUUACUAACAGUUAACAAAGCAAGUAAGUCUUCAAUGAGGAGGUGUUUAAAUAGCACGGAGAAAGGGGUAUUCGACGGUGCCCCCUCUCGAAUUAUAACAUACAGUUUUGGACUAAUCUCUCAAGUCCGCGGAACGAAUUUGUCCGGAUGAGCAUCUGUUCCCCACUAAGAAUAUCGAUCUUCACUGAACACGACCCAGAUUUCAGACAAGCAUUCUUGCUACGAUCGUUCCACAUAUCGAGUCCAAUUUACUACUACCUCGUCCUUGUCUUGCCGGCUUUGAGUGCAAUUGUAUCACGUUUGAAGAUCAUAAUAAAAGUUAGAUUAUGGUGUUUGUUGCAGAUAUCAGCAUUUAAGAUCCAUCAAUGUCGCAAAAUAACGAGAAGUUCAUAAACAAUUUGUUCUCUCACAGAGAACUGAUUAUUUGAAGAAAACACGAAAAAAUCCUUAUGAAACAUGUAAUAACGUUCAACCUGCCACAAAAUGUGUUUUGUCGAUGCGAAUAAAAACAAACCAAACAAACAGUAAGCAACAUCCCACGAGAACGUCUCUUUGAGCCUCCAUAUGGUACAUUUAAUUAGGUGUUGACUAGUAUUAUGUAAGAAGAAUGAACAGCAUAAAUUUAAAACCAUGAAAAGGAAAGAAAAGUAUUACACUAUUAUUGUGAUGCAAACUCGUAUGAAUAUACACAUCAAAUAAAAGGAAACAUGAAAUCUCAA